AUGUUAGGUCAUGGUAUUUAUUUUGCACGUUCACUUCACAGCACUGAAGGUAAGGCGCGUGCCCACGGUGCUUACAUCUGUGCAGAAGUUAUUAUGGAUAUGGGAAAAGGUGUCAAAUAUGUGACAGUAGAGACACGCAAUGAAGUUAGCAAUACAGAUGAAUGGCAUAAAGAGUAUGAUUCAGUUUACUAUCGUCAUCCGGACAAUAAUUAUGAUGAAUUCUGUGUUAAAAGUGUAGAACAGAUUUUGAAAUGGGUGAUUGUAGUUGAACCUGAUUUUGAUAAACGUCCGGAAGAAUUUGGUUUAACGACUGAAUUUGAUGGUACACGUUGUUGUUGUAUUUAG